AUGACUUCUCUAAACAGGGACUUUGCAGGCUCCAAUUUCCCGGGGAGUGAUCUGCAUCAGAACGACCUUCGCACCGAGUCUCUGAAGACCCUCCAGCAGUAUAUGUCUCCACCUCCAGGAAACCUAAUGGACUAUGAUUGGGACCAACUCCAAGAAGAAUACAUCACUUCUAUGGAAAAGCAUGAAAAUGCUGAAAGAGACUUACGUAACCGUGUGGCCAAGUUGCUUGAGAUCUUCAUGGCGUGGUCGGAGACAACUGUUAUGCGCGAUGAAAUCAGAGCUUUAAAAAGAUUUAAGACACAAAUGAAACAUGUUCAGACAUCUGAAGAAGAUCUAGAACUGAAACGUAAACACUAUGUCGAUGUUGUGAAGGCUUUCGAAAGUGCCCUCGCUUUAUUGAACGACCGCCUCAAGUCGUAA